GACUAAUUUUCUGCCCAAAUCCGAAACGAAUCUACCCCCCAAAGAAAAAAGAAACCCUAAUCUGUUCUGUGUUGUUCUUGAAAGAAAGAGCUAAGCCUAAACAAGAAGAACUCGUUGUUUCAUAGAUGAUAGUGAGUCAAAACAUGGGAGCAGAAGCCGAAAUCAUUUAUCGUCACCAAGUUGUCGAUGUUGUAUCCAUUUCAACCCAAGUUUCUCGCUUCGAUUCGGUUGCAGCUUGCGCUGAGACCAUCGGAGAUGCUGUUAUGGAGUCAUCUGCUGUCAAAUUUUUGCCAAGAAUUCGUUCUGGAAGCUAUUCUGACAUCGGUCGACGGAGAUCUAUGGAUGAUGAACACAUAAGGAUUGAUGAUCUAUCUUCCCAUCUGGGUUCUAUCUUUAAGCCUUCAAUGCCAAGUGCUUUUUAUGCUGUUUUUGACGGUCACGGUGGCCCUGAUGCAGCUGCUUAUAUAAAGAGGAAUGCCACAAGGUUAUUUUUUGAAGAUUUUGAUUUGCAACAAGUAUCUGAUAUUGAUGCUGUUUUCUUGAAAGAGUUGGAGGAUUCUCAUAGGAAGGCAUUUUUGCGGGCAGACCGUGCCUUGGCUGAAGAAAGUAGUGUUAGCAAUUCUUGUGGAACAACGGUGCUAACUGCACUAGUACUUGGAAGACAUUUGCUGGUUGCAAGUGCUGGUGAUUGUCGAGCUGUUCUCUGCCACAAAGGUGUUGCAGUAGAAAUGUCUCAAGAUCAUAGACCUUCUUUUUCACCUGAACGCAAGCGAGUUGAGGAGAUGGGUGGCUACAUUGAUGAUGGUGGGUAUCUUAAUGGUCAUCUCUCAGUCACACGAGCACUUGGAGAUUGGGACUUGAAAUUCCCUCUUGGAACCGCAUCACCUCUGAUUGCAGAGCCAGAUGUUAGACAGAUUGUAAUAACAGAGCAUGAUGAAUUUUUGAUCAUUGGUUGUGAUGGCAUCUGGGAUGUAAUGUCAAGCCAGUUUGCUGUCAGCCUUGUUCGCCUUGGUCUAAGGCGGCAUGAUGACCCUGAAAAAUGUGCCAAAGAAUUAGUCAAUGAAGCAACACGCCUGAAUUCAUCAGAUAACCUCACUGCAAUUGUUAUCUGCUUCUCUUCCCCUCCUAGUGUUGAGUCAUGUCCUACCCAAAGGCGGAGGUUUAGGUGCUGCAAUCUCUCUGAGGAGGCUCGGAAUAGGUUGAAGAGCUUAUUAGAAGGCAAUUGAAUGUACAUUCAAAUUAUUUCUCGAUUAUUUACUGUUAUUUCUAAUGGGAGAAAAGGUUGCAAUCUGUUUUUGGCUAUGUCAGAUAGUUUAGAAAAAGCAGGCCGCAGUUUUGUAGGUGUAGGAGAGUACAAAAUAUCGGAGUGUGUUUUAUGUCAUGAGCUCUGGUGGUGUAAACUACAUUGCGGGAUUAUUUUUAGUUGUAAUGUGUCUUUGUUCACUGCAAAAGUGGAUUUAUAACU